AUGACAUUGAAAAGUUCCGACAACGAUAACACGAUUGCUGUUGACGAUCCUAACUCGAUUGCUGAUCUGUUUAAUACGUUUUUUGCUUCUGUAUUACACCAAGACCAAACACACCCAGCAAACGAAACCACAAUCACUGAUGAAAACUGCCUAACAGAUAUUGAACUCACCGUAGAUGAUAUUCUCCCUUUACUACAUUCUUUAAAUGAACAUAAAGCUACAGGGCUUGAUGGUAUUUCUAAUAAGAUAUUGAAAGAAACUGCCGAAUAA